ACAGACAGAUUGGAUACGGCUCAGUCCCAUGGAGGAGCUGAAAUUUGCAGCAGAUAUUAUUCCCGGUGUCUCCUUGCUGCCUUUGUUUUGGAAGCAAAUGGCUCUCUAACUGCAUUGAAAAGCCUGACUACCUUGCAUGGCCGGGAUCUAAUUACCUGUGGAGCUGGGAGCCCUGUCUCCGAGCGGCACUGAGGCUUUUGUUUUUAAUGACUUGCUCUGCCAUGUUCAGAGUGUGACAAUGUCAGGGAGGCUGCCAGGACUGGCUGUUGAUGCCACCGUGCUCACACCGCGAUGGCUGGGAAAGUUGAUAGGAGAUGGGAUGUCUUGGGCCAAGCAUUUAUGGCACAGCACUAGGUUGAAAACAGAUUAAAUGGAUCUAGUGAAGAGCACAGCUCUCUGCCAUGUCUUGGGGACUAAGCUGGAUUACUAGAAAAGUGACUAGAAAAAACACAGCUAGAAAGAGUGAGCUUUCAUCCUGCUCUGUCAUGAUGCUCUGGCAAAGCGUGGCCAAAUCCAGUCAUUUAGCCCCAGCCAGCAGCAGGGCAGGCUCCAGAAAGAGUAAGGAGUGAUUGGGGAACGGGGCAGAGCCGGACUCUCAUCUCCCUCCCCGUGCCACCAGCUAUCUCCGUCCUCCUGUUAAUGUUUACAAGUCAGGUCUGGCAGCAUCCAAGUCUGUCCAAAGACCAGAUCCCGCCCCGGCUUUCCCGGGAUCCUUUUUCCUGCUGGCCGGGGUCCGCAGGACGGUGGCAGGGAGGAAGAACACGGUUCCCUGCUGCUGUGUAACACUGUCGGCCCCGCUGGCGGUGCGGGUACUCCGGGGUGAGCUCCUGGGGCCUCGCCAGCUGCCGCCCGGGCAUCUCCGCUUACACGCCACUGCUGCCAGGCGGAGCCGGGGAAAGAUGAGUAAUGCCACACGUGCUGUGCCCUCUCCCGUGGCACCUGGCACGCCGGGGCCUGGCACAGCAGCCAGGCUGGCCUCAGCCCCCCCAUUCUCAGCUGUUGCCCUGCUCACGGCUGCCCACAACAACUCCGAGGAUGGCCAGCAGCUUUUCCUGACCACGACAGCGGCACAGGUCAUCUCUGGCAUCUUCGUGUGGUCAGCACUCAUUGUCACCUUUCACCAGAUCUACACACACCUCAAGAAUUACACCGUCGCCAAGGAGCAGCGCUACAUCAUCCGCAUCCUCUUCAUCGUGCCUGUCUAUGCCUUCGACUCCUGGCUCAGCCUCCUCCUCCUCGGCAGCCACCAGUACUACGUCUACUUCGACUCAGUGCGUGACUGCUAUGAAGCUUUUGUGAUUUACAGCUUCCUGAGCCUGUGCUUCGAGUACCUUGGAGGGGAGAGCACCAUCAUGACCGAGAUCCGAGGGAAGCCCAUUGCGUCCAGCUGCUUUUACGGGACCUGCUGCCUUCAGGGUAUGUCCUACUCCAUCGGGUUCCUGCGCUUCUGCAAGCAGGCCACACUGCAGUUCUGCAUUGUGAAACCCCUCAUGGCAAUCGUCACCAUCAUCCUGCAGGCAUUCGGGAAGUACCACGAUGGAGACUUCAAUGUCCACAGUGGAUAUCUCUACAUCACUAUCAUCUACAACUUCUCUGUCAGCCUGGCCCUUUACGCCCUUUUCCUCUUCUACUUUGCCACCAUGGACCUGCUUCGCCCAUUUGAGCCGGUGCUCAAGUUCAUCACCAUCAAGGCCGUCAUCUUCCUCUCCUUCUGGCAAGGAACACUGCUGGCAAUCCUGGAGAAAUGUGGGGUGAUCCCUGAAGUUCAGAUCAUCGAUGGGAAGGAGGUGGGAGCUGGGACAGUGGCUGCUGGCUACCAGAACUUCAUCAUCUGCAUUGAAAUGUUCUUCGCUUCCAUUGCCCUGCGCUACGCAUUCACCUGCCAGGUGUACAGGGAGAAGAAGGAAAACUCAACAGCAAACCUUGCCCCAAUGCAGAGCAUCUCGAGUGGGCUGAAGGAGACCAUCAGCCCCCAGGACAUCGUGCAGGAUGCCAUCCACAACUUCUCCCCCACGUACCAGCACUACACCCAGCAGUCGAUGCAGGAGGCAGAGCGCAAAGCGCCAGGGGAGAAUGGGCACGUGGCCUCCAAGAUAGAUGGACAGAGCAGCAGGAAGAGCAAAAACAUUGAAAAGAGAAUGCUAAUCCUGUCAGAUGAGGAGCUGUAGGAGGUAUCAAAAGAGACACUGACACUGAAGAGGUUUUAACCCAUGCAAAGGGGAGGUGUCUUGAGGCUGAGACAGCCUGGGCUAAUCAGUGUACUGAGAAGCCAGGAACUCUAUCCAAAAAGCCAGUCUCUCAAAGGGAAGAUGCAAUAACCCAGAAAAGGUUAAGUCAAAUAGUGCCAGCUUCUGUUGUCAUGGAUGGAGCUGUGUUGGACUCUGUGUUGCAGCCUGGCCUUUGCUGCCCCACUGCUGCUGUCUCUCUGCCAGCCCUGUGCCAAUGCUGGGGGAUGCCAGGCAGGGAGGGGAGCUGGGGUGCAGGAGAGACCAGCUGCCCUCACCCUCCUCUUACCUCCAAGCAGUGCUGAGGCCUGAGAGAAACGCUUUUCUCAGCACAGUUCUGCUCUAGUUUCUCCCAAUUUGAGUAAAAAAUGAUCUCCAAGGGCUCCGUGGAGAAAACCAGCCCAGGAAGGUGACUUCGCUUCACCUGAAAACCUGGUAAAGGUUGAAAGACGUCAUUCCUUAUUUUUACAUCUUUCCUCCUCUCCUCACAGCAAAGCUUAUAGAGAUGUGCAAAAGACCUUUACCAUGGAGAAAGAGUAAGUCAUCCUCUUCUCCCUCCAGAUGUGGAUGCAGCUGUCCAAGUAACUCCCCCAGGAGUGUGGCAGGACCUCACUGGGACUAACCAGAGGUCUGCAGCUGCAUUUCUGAGAGCUGCUGGUGACAGAAGUGCUUGUUUAUGUCCAAACCAGCUUAUCUCUGAACGGAUCAAAAGUUAAAAGGGAUUCCAGCUUCCUUAUCAGAAUCUUUAUUAGAGAACCAGACUGUGACUGGUGGGGGUAGGAAUUCACUUACUGGGAACUGUCUGUUCCUCCUAACCCUUCACUAUUCCCCAUCCCUGGGCUUUGCCUGACCUGUGGGAAGGCAAGCAGGAGCUGAGCCCAGCUGGGUGACCAUGGUGAGGACAGAGAGGUGCGAAGGAAUGUUGCCAUGUGGGGCAAGACCACAGGCAAGGGAAGACUAUGUAUGGAGGGAUGCUCUUCAUAUCAGUGAUGGCGAGCUCACAUCCUUCUGUUAAGACUUCUCCUUUCUCCCCCAAUUAAUAGUCUAAUUUCUAUUCUCCUGUUAAUGAAAUGAUCCCUGGGAAUGAACUCAGGCACUGGUUGGGCUGUUGUCUGGGAUGGUAGCUAGCUAGUGGAAGGAUGAAGGCAAAUCUACAGCCUCAGAUUUGCAAUCAUGUGGCAAACAAGCCGAUGGAUAAGGCUUGGUGCCCUUUUAAACAUAACUUGUAGAAUUUGGAUCUUUUUUUUCCCCCUGCUCUUAAGCUGCAAAAUGUAAAUCACAACACAAAAUUAUUUAUUUUUUUUUCUAAUAAACAGCAAUUUCUAGCACAGAGCAAGCAAACAUUUUCACUGAGCUCAGCAAGCAAAGCCCACGAUCUGCCUGUUCCUGCUAUAAUGCUGAUGCUCUUAAGCUUAACGUCCUCCCUGCCCCUCAAUGCUGGCCCAGCAGAAAUACCUGCACACGCAGCAUCCUGCACAUUUUGGCAUUCCUACAGGAUUUGUGCUCAUCUUUUUGACUCCACAAAGAACGUGCGUGUCUCCCGCUUCCUCUCCCUGCACAGCACCUCUUCCUAAGCUGUGGACGCAGUGGUUCAGAGAUGCUGGAUCUGGUUUAGGUAAACUAAGCCCAGACUCCAGCACCAAGACAAGCUCUGUUUAUUAUUAUUAUUAUUGGAGAAAUCUUACCAUGCUAUAGCUCAGAUUCCACAUGAGCAACCUAUAGUUCAGCCAGUCCUGCAAGUCCUUCUGGUCUGGAGGAGCACUGCUCAUACCUGCUCAGCCAGUGAGACUGCUGACACUUUUCCUGCAAUAAGCUCCAUAAACAAGAGCCAGAUGCUCUGCACAUCCAGACAUUCAUCCAGGAUCCUGCACAUCCUGGGAGAAGACUGUCCUGCAUAGAAAGUGCAGCCUCAGUACUCAGGGACAAGGCUGCUUGGCUUUGUCACACAUCCAGCACCAAAGCAGGGAUAUCUCAGCUGAACAUCUUGGUCUUCACCCCUGUGGGAGAGGACGGCCACAGCUGCAGGAACAGAGGCUGCUCUGGCUCCUGGGGCGAGGACAGACUGCAAAGGUGAUGAUGGCACAUCUGCUGGUGCACUCACAGCCGCUGAGAUAAAGACUUGCACAAGAACACAGCAAGAACCGUGGUUGUACUUCAUUGCACAAAUGAUCGACUCCGGUGCAUAAUGGGCUGCCUCCAUUGCUCUGCCAGCAGGUGCAAUUCCCACUGCAGACAAUAACAUUUGCCUAUUUAUGUCAA